AUGCACUCCAAGACUAGUGUCGCCACCAAUGGCACUGUCGUCGACAUCGGCGGCAGCAAAAUGUACGACAGCAUCGCAGAGAGACUGGCCGAAACUCUCAACGCUCCAUACUCGUCCACAUCCAAGCCUGUCCUUCCCGACGAGCUGCUGUAUGACGAUGUUGGCUUGCCGAUCUGGAACCAGAUCAUCUUCACCCCCGAAUUCUACCAGACCCAUGACGAGAUAGCUCUCUUCGAUAAGCAUGGCGCAGACAUUGCGAAGCGCGUUCAGGCUGGUGUCACAGUGAUCGAUCUAGGAGCUGGUGACACGCGCAAAGUUGGCCACCUUCUGGCCGCCUUCGACAAGGCCAAGGUUCCCACCAAGUACCUCGCCCUCGACAUCUCUAGAUCCUCCCUGGUUCACAACAUUAGAUACCUGGUUGACAAGCACUCCAAAGCCAACUCCUCGGUGACGUGUGCUGGUAUCUGGGGGACAUUCCAGGAUGGCAUGGAGUAUGUGCAAAAGAUCGAGACACCACGUCUCUUCCUCUCCCUGGGUUCCGUGCUGUGCAACGAUCCUUGGCCCGAGGCGUUGUCCCACCUCAAGUACUGGGCGAGUGCGCUUCGGCCCGACGACCUACUGCUCAUCGGUAUGGACGGACACAUUCUACCCAACAACAGGGAGAAGAUCUGGGAUGCGUAUCACUCCUGCGACGACCUCUACCACACCUUCUUCCUCAACGGCUUCAAGCAUGCCAACCAGCUAGCGGGCGAGGAGUGGUUCCGUGAGGAGGACUGGGAGUUUCUCGCCCAGCUUGAGCAUGAGCCCACGACUCGUCACCGGUUCUUCUUCCGAGCCAACAAGGACGUCAAGCUCAAGAUGGGGCGCACCAUCAAGAAGGGUGAGGAAUUCGACUGGUUCGACUCUCACAAGUACGGCGAGGAUAGCGUUCGCCUCAUGUGCUAUAAGGCAGGACUGAGCGUGCUCGAUGUCUGGCAGGCGCCCAACUCGGAAUUCCGUCAAUAUCUCGUACGCCGGAGAGGCGACAAGGACGAGCAAGACGACGCCGACAGCGCCGUCUCAGGAGUCAAUUAA